GUUUUUGAAAGCUAUUCAUUCGUUCACUGUUGUUUUUGUUAUAUAUGUUUUAUUUGAUACAAUAUAAUUUAAUUAUAUAAUUUUUUCAUAAUAUCAGGAGCUACUGCUGCUCUCCUCUUCUCUUCUCCUCUUUCGUCUUCUUAAAACCAACCAAUCUGUUUUUUUUUUUUUUUUUUGGUUUUGGUUUUGGUUUUUGCUUUCUGAAAAUCAGACCAUAAAAAAAAUCAUCUGCUGAUUCCUUGCCUUUCUGGACAUGGAUGACUUCCAUACCUUAACAAUCACACCUCGUCAACAACAUAAGCACAACCUUUCCAUGUUCUGCCUCCGGGGAUUGUUUCACCAGGUCAAAGCAUUUCAUGUUAUUCUGGUUCUGUCAUGUACCCUUUCAUGCUUUUCUAUGUGCGGACCGUGCUUGACGAAUGGAUUGCAGAAACCAGCAGAAUAUGAUUCAUGUGGGUCCUAUGGAGAUAAUGGUGCUGUGGGAUUUCAAGAUAUUAGCGUUGGUGAUGCUAGUUUGGGCUAUGCAGCAGGAAGUUCUAUGACCCUUCUAAAUUUUGAGAAUAUUUGUACCAAUUCUCAUUCAUUCUGCUUCCUUUCAACAUUACCUGGUUUUUCAUCAAAAGAGCACAAGCUUAAAGUAGCUUCUUUAGAAGUUUCUGGGAGUCCGUCUGAUGGUUCAUUAUUUGUAGGAUCAAUUCAGGGUAGCAGUUGGGCAGAGAACAAGAGCUGGUCAUUGGAUUAUGGUAUGUUCCGGUUAUUAAAUGGCCAGAUUGUUUCCUGUUCUAUGAACUCUAGAGAAGAUGUUGAUGAGUUAUCAUCAAUGCAAACCAAUAGUUGUGACCAAUGCGAUCCUUCUUCAUGUAAAGGUCCUUUAUUAACUCAGAAGAGAACAAGUGUCAGGCUGAGGAAAAAGUCUGAGAUGAUGAAAUCUAGUUCUUUUGAUGCUUCUCCUCCCAAUGUAGAAAUUAGUCCUCCUGUACUUGAUUGGGGGCAGAGGCAUUUAUAUUUUCCCUCAGUAGCAUCCUUAACAGUGGCAAAUACUUGUAAUGACAGCAUUUUACAUGUCUACGAACCAUUUAGCACUGAUACACAAUUCUAUCCCUGCAAUUUUAGUGAGGUUUUGUUAGGACCAGGUGAAGUAGCUUCAAUUUGUUUUGUGUUUUUGCCUAGGUGGUUGGGUUUGUCCUCAGCUCAUCUGAUCUUGCAAACGAGCUCUGGUGGAUUCCUGGUACAGGUUAAGGGCUAUGCAGUUGAGUCGCCAUACAAUAUUAGUCCUUUAUCCAGCCUGGAUGCUCCUUCUAGUGGACGGUUGAGGAAGAAUUUUUCUUUGUUGAACCCUUUUGAUGAAAUCCUCUACGUGAAGGAAGUAAAUGCAUGGAUAUCAGUUUCUCAAGGGAAUAUUUCGCAUAACACUGAAGCAACCUGCAGUUUAGAAAAUUUGGGAGGUCUUGAUGGGCUCAGCCACUUUGGUGUUAAGGAUUGGUUGGUUGUUAGAAGCGCACAAAAUGGUUUUCCAUGGAUGGCUAUGAGGCCCCAAGAAAAUUGGGAGAUUGGUCCUCAUAGCAGUGAAACCAUUAUGGAGAUAGACUUCUCAGUUGAAUCUGAAGGAAAUGUUUUCGGUGCUUUUUGUAUGCAGUUGCUAAGGUCCUCUCAAGACAGGUCCGACACUGUUAUGUUUCCUCUUGAACUUGAACUGGAUAGAAAAGUAGCAUACAAUGGCAUUUCUGGUUCAGUUUCUUUUGAAACUCUGGUUCCAUAUGAUGUUGGCAACACUGUUGUUGUUGCUAUCGCACUGAGAAAUAGAGCUCCUCAUGUGUCAAGUGUUGUCAAAAUCAGUGAAGUUGCAGCAGCAAAGGUUUUCCAGAUCAAGUACAUUGAAGGACUGUUGCUUUUCCCCAGCACUGUCACACAAGUUGCUACAGUUACAUGUACUCAGCUACUUGUUGAAUUACAUGAUUCUCCAACUGAAAUGUCAAAUAUGAACAAAGACUGCAAACUAAUUUUACUGACAAAUGACUCCAGUACUCAGAUUGAAAUUCCUUGCCAGGAUAUAUUCCAUGUUUGUUUGAGACGUCAAAAGGAUUCAUUUAUUGGAUACGACAAUCACUCUGACGGGGCUGAAACUGGAAAUAGAAGGACAGGGUCAUUGGGCAGUGGCAAGCAGUCGCUGUCAGAGAUUAAGGCAUUGGAGAUAGCAGAAGCAGAUGAAUUUGUACUGGGUAAUUGGAAAUCUCAAGGUACCACAAGUGGCAUGUCUGUGCUUGAUGAUCAUGAGGUGUUGUUCCCAAUGGUUCAGGUUGGAACUUAUCACCCUAGGUGGAUCACUGUAAAGAAUCCUAGUGAACAUCCAGUUGUAAUGCAGCUCAUUCUUAACUCAGGAGAAAUUAUUGAUGAGUGUAGGGGCACAGAUGGUUCUUUGGAGCCCCCUUCAUCGAAUAUUUUUGUCCAUACUGAAUUGACUCCUCCUACUAGGUAUGGAUUCUCAAUGGCAGAGAGUGCACUAACAGAAGCUUAUGUUCACCCUUAUGGUAAAGCAUAUUUUGGGCCAAUAUUCUUUUACCCUUCAAAUCGCUGUGGGUGGAGAAGUUCAGCCCUGAUAAGAAAUAAUCUUUCUGGUGUGGAGUGGUUAUCUUUGAGAGGAUUUGGAGGGUCACUUUCCCUAGUCCUGCUUGAUGGUUCAGAGCCUGUUCAGAGCAUAGAAUUUAAUCUGAACUUGCCAAUGCCCCUAAAUAUCUCUCGUAUGGAUGGGCUAUUUAACAUGGAAGAGACUACUUAUAUUUGUUCUGUGCCCUGGUCUAAAGAGCUGUAUGCCAAGAACAUGGGAGACUUGCCACUUGAGGUGAAAAGUAUUGAAGUUUCUGGGUCUGAGUGUGGGUUGGAUGGAUUUAUGGUUCAUGCUUGUAAAGGAUUUUCUCUUGAACCUGGGGAGUCAACAAAGCUUCUGAUCUCAUACCAGUCUGAUUUUUCCGCAGCUAUGGUGCACAGAGAUCUUGAACUGGCCUUGGCUAGUGGAAUUCUUGUAAUACCCAUAAAGGCAAGUCUUCCUUUGUACAUGUACAAUCUCUGUAAAAAAUCAAUAUUCUGGAUGCGGUUGAAGAAAUUCUCUGCAGCAGUCCUCCUCGCCGCUUCCUUAAUGAUUCUGAUAUUCUGUUGCAUAUUUCCCCAAGUGAUUGCUUUUGGCUCCCAGGAUUACUAUUUUAACAGCAAGGAAAGCUCCUCUACUACAGUAGGAAGUGCAGGAAAAGCUUCUCGUAUGCAUCGUAACCAGAGAAAGAUUAAGUUCUCUGAGUCUAGGGGAAUGGACAGUGUGUUAUCGUCUGUGCAUCGUAACCAGAGAAAGAGUAAGUUCUCUGAGUCUAGGGGAAUGGACAGUUUGUUAUCAUCUGUCGGGGAAGACAAGGCCUCUAAUCAGGAAUCUAUUGGUAAAUAUGCUGAUGGUCAUGAUGGAGCCUUAGAACAGGGGCUAACCAUUAAGAAUUUGGCAUCAACUCUAGAAAAUCACAAGCAAGGUAACACUUUGUCAUGUGCUGAAGAGGACAAAUCUGUAGCGGUUGAGAAUUCUGAUACACUCAAUGCUCCCCAACCUCCCAACCUUACAGUCAGGACCGGAAAAGAGAAAGGAAGAAGGCGAAGGAGGAGGAAGGGUGUUAGUGCAUGUUUAACAGGACUGCUUGAAGUUUCGAGUAGUCAAAGUGGAAAUUCUACACCUUCAUCUCCUUUGUCGCCUGUAUCCGCAACACCCAAUCGACUGUGGUCGCCAUCUUCUGACGUGGAAAGUGUUGGGGUUAGAAAUCCAUUCACUCUAGCGGCAUGCCAACAGUUUGAGAGGUUUCAAGUUUCUAAAUCUGCUUCCAAGACGGUUGUCGUGGAGCCCAAAGGUUCAAUUAAAUACCACGGUUACAACUACUUUUCGGCUACUCAAGAGCGACCUUCAGUGCCCAACAAGACCUUUAAUACACCUUCUGCUGCCUUUCCUUGUUCUGGUGGUGCUGCCCCCACUCUGCAUUACUCUUCUCCCUUGUCAUCAACAUCAACAAUUGCACCUAUUGUGCGAGCUCCUGGGGCAAAACUUUUAAACCAAAGAAGUGUUGAAGUAGAUGAAAAGGUGGGGGAUGAAUAUACAUAUGAUAUCUGGGGUGACCAUUUUUCUGGUCUCCUUUUAGCGGGUAGUCCAAAGGAUACAACCAUGAAAACAAUAGGAACAGAAGGCAAUUCCGAUACCUUCUUUGUAAGGGGUCCACAAGCCCUCAUGGAAAAAUCUCAACCAAAAUCUGUGAGUUCCUUUCACCAAGAGGGUUAAUAAAAUUUUAUUAAAUAAUUAAAAUA